GAACGUUCCGAUCGAUAGUGCUAUUUUGUGGUCAUAUUUAUUGAAAAUUGCUUACGUAUCUAUACGCUCAUUUUCGUUUUCAUGCUCUCUGUGCGCCGAGAGAAGGCGGAGUCGUGAGUAUGUGGUGCUUCACCGAGUGCAUUUUGUCCAGAGUGGGAGGGAAGAUAAUACUCCACAAAUGAAGUAGAAGUAUUGCAGCUUGAAAGUACCGCAAGAGGUCUGAAUUUCUAGCAUAGAUCUGCCUGAUUGGAGUAUAACGUGGGCGCAGCAAAAGUGCCAAAUUUCUAGAUUUGAAUGAUUGGCGCGUGCGCAAACGAAUAGCAGGAUAAGCAUAUGCUAGCCUAUAUUUGAUUUUCCGCAAAACUUGAACUUCAACUACCCAUGGUGUCCACAGUGCGGCUUUUCAGCGCCGUCCGGCAGGUGGCCAUAGCGCUAUCGCUGGUUCUGAAUGGACUACUUUUCGGCCUUAUGGACUGCAAAAGUACCGUACUAGUAGAAAUCGCAUGACAAAAUCCCUCAGCAUGAAGAAUGGAAUUUGUAAUGCGGAUUUAGGUUGAGAAGGAGAUUUGUAAUGCUUGACUGCGAUUACUACGAGUUGUGCGAUACUUUUGCACAGAAUAGGUCUGAUCUACUACUUUGCCGACUUCUACUUCAGACGAUGCGCAGCACCAGUAUGGCGCUCUCAAACGUCACAUUCUCAACUCUUACACCACGAAUCUGUGAUGCAAGAAGAGCAAUAUGGAAAGGGGCAAGCUUGUUGCGAGUCUCGCAUCACAAAUUCGCAACAGACUUGGAUGCUGUUUAGCCCUUCGAGAAUGUGUCAUGCAAAUCACCAUAAUCUUCUGGCGACUUGGACGUAUGGGAAUUUUGCAUGUCAAAUUCAUCGAACAGCAGUUGAGAAUGUAACAACUGAGAAUCCCAUAACGAGUGAAAACGGAGUCGGCAAGAGGUUUUGAGGUGAAGGUUUGUGUCGCGUUGGCGGAGUUUAUGCAUGGCAAAUAUGUCUGGGUGUGGGUCAGUAAGGCAAAUAAGAUGUAAUCUUGUCAUGCCCGUUUAUUAUAGAUCGAUUGCUCAGAUAAAUAUAAAAGAAAAAAUUGUGAUGCGUGAUAAGAAAAAGUUGUCCAAAGAAGAGAUUUGUCAUGCGGAUUGGGCAGUGAGAAUCGACAUCGAGAUUGAAACAACCGCAAAACUUGUGAUGCUGCCGCUUGCAAUUGCAAGCCAAACGAGACCUUCCGGGCCAACACGUACAAAUCGCAUGACAAACACCUGCACUUAUCCAGGCCCGAACAUUUUUGCACUUGACAGAGUUGGGACGAGAACAAAAAACUGCGGUUGAUGCGGCAAUAGCAGUUUUUUCGGGGUACUACAACCAAGUUGCGGUAUACUGCACUACAAAUUACGCAUUGCAAAAGCAUUGCAGCACGAGUCUAUAGGUGCUGGUACAUGUGCUUGUGCAUGACAAAUUGAAUUGAAUAACGCAUAACUUGAACCACAGGCAAAAACUCAGCUUGUGAUGCUGGUUCAGGUUACUCAUGACUCACUAGAUCUUGAUCUGUCAUGCAGUGUUCCUGCAACCAUGAGAUGACGACUGUGAUGCUUUUGCAAACAAUACAAGCCCGUACUCAGCAGUCUUCACGCCAGUCGGGAUGGCGUGCGUCGGGUAUUUUGUGUAUCCUGAGAAAAAAGUGUCACAGUUACACACUCUGCUCGAAGACAAGCAAGACAGACAACCUCUGUCAUGCAGGAAAUGCUUGCCAGCCUCAUAUCAUUCGUGUUUUCCCUUAUAGUCUGCGCAUCACAGGUUUUCUUUGCCAUGUCGAGCAACUUUGUGAUGCAGAAACUCCAACAAGUGUGUAAGUAACUGUAACACUUUUUUUCUGUGAUAUUGUGGUCUGGAAGUUUAUCAUCGGGAUUUUGUGCAAAGUGGUUUUGGUCGGCUUGGUGACGAAGCUUACGAAGUUGUUCUCCGAUCACGUCAUCAUCGUGCGGAACAAAUCAGUUACGGAGGAAACGACUACAGCCGCGCCGGAGGUGGAGCCUUCUUCGCCGUCUUCCCCCGGGAAUGACCGCAGAUCCACGCGGGGCGCAGGGUCAUCAACUACCUCGAACAAAACUUCACCGGCUGCACCGAAGUCGCCGACGGGGGGUCGAGGGGGGAGGUCUGUGAGAGGGUGAAGAAAUGGCGUCUUUCUAGAACAAAAGAUCACCACCUACUUAUAGUACUUUCUUCGGAAAAACAAACGAGCACAAGCAGGAAAAGCUGAGAACAUGAUGAAACAGAAACUCCAUGUCAACCAUUUUUCCACCACUGCAACUAAAACGAAAGACCAACAGAAAAUCAAAAAACAGUUGUCUACUGAGUCAGAAGUUGUAUUCUGACCUCCACGUUGAUGACGACGAUGAAGGUUUUAUCGUGAUUUGGUCAUGUUGAAUCAUUCUCAAUUGGCGCGCUCGUGAAGAUAUAGUAGCCGCAGGCACCAGGAUCGUACAAAUUCGCAUUGUUCAUCGGUAAUUGCUCUUGUUCUCCCUUCUGCGACGAGGACAUAUUGCGUUCCGC